AAAAUUACCGCCCACCAAAACAUUAGGCAGAAAUAUUUAUUGUAUCAAUUAUGCAUUAAAGUGCGCAUUCUUCUUUUAAUGAACACGCAAUGAAAAGGGUGUGUGUACCAACUCUAGUUACUAAGAAAUGGCGGAUUAUUUAAUAUCAGGAUUGGCAUCUGGUAUUCGUUCUUUCUUCGGCGUGACGUUUGCCAGCGGUGCUAAGUCUAGAGGUUGGGGUGAGCAAUACGAGUGGACACCCCUGGAAGAAGCUUACGCUAAAGCCAAAGCUGAAGGGAAACCUAUCUUCAUCGUCGUCCACAAAAUGACGUGCUCAGCGUGCCAUGCUGUGAAAACGUGGUUUUCCGCCAGUAAGAGGAUAGCAGGCAUGAGCAAGCACUUUGUAAUGGUCAAUCUGGAGUAUUUCGAAGUGCCCAAGGGAGAUCCCGACUUCAGCCCUGACGGUUUCUACGUUCCCAGGAUGUUGUUUUUCUCCCCCAACGGAAAGCUGAUGAAGGAUGCGAAGUGUGGGUGUAACCCGGAGUACGAGUAUACGUACCCUGGCGAGGGUGAACUGCUUCGUAGGAUGAAAGCGGUCGUCGAGGACAGUUCUUGAGAUGUGGCGUGGUUUCGUGACUUUGAAAACUUGUUUUUAUACUUUUUCUAUUGAAAGCCUAGAGUUAAAGUUGUUUUG